AUGAGAAGUAAGCAACGGCUGGAGAAUGUGGAUGUGAUGGUGGAAAGUGAUGACGGCUCAUCGUCGUCAUCACUGAUGCUGGAUGCGAUGCUGUGGAAAGUGCUGGCUGGUGUAUGCCUUUAUUAUCCACUCUCGAUUGGCCUGACCUUCUACCAAAAAUGGUUCAUCAAGGUACGUGCUCUUUUUUUCCAACACAAAUUGGUACAGUUAAUCGCGCCUAAGCCGACUGUAGCAAUCAGGUUGAUUUCGGAAGCCUAA